AUGCAUCUCACUAUAGGUGUGGCUUUAGGCCUCGUGGGUAGCGUUUUCACUGCUCCUGCGCCAGCCUGUACAGGCGAUAGGUCUGAUGUUGUGCUCCAGCCGUAUGUGGUUGUAAAUGAUGGCAAAACAUCUACUACGACUAUUACGCGCACUUAUACAGAUAACUCGUGGUCUGCUCAGAGUAUAGUUCCUCCCAAGCAGUAUGGUUCACCUGCCUCUCCCGGGGUCCCAAAUCCUUGCAUCAACUGUAUUACUAUUACUACUACCGGCCCUGUUCCUUAUGUCACUACAGUUCCUCCCGCUUCGGCCGGAGGAAUGACUACAGUCCUUACCUGCUCCGGACGCAAGACUGUAACUGUAACUGGCACAGUUUCAAGCACUACAACUAUCGUUCCGCCACCUCAUUGUAAUGAGUGCUCAGCCACGGUAGUUGUUCCAGCCACUGUUACCGAUAUCAAGACUGUAACAGCACCUGCAUGCCAUGAAUGCGUUACUGUUACUGUUAGUGGAACCGCUCCUCGGGUCACUACGGUCCCCCCGACUUCAUCAGGAGAUAAGACUACAGUCUUUACCUGUCCGGGCCAGGAAACGGUGACCGUAACUGGCACAAUUUCAAGCACCAUGACUAUCAAUCCUACAUCGGGAUGUAGCGACUGUACAGUCACAGUGAUUGUUCCCCCAGCCACAUCCUCACCUGCUACUGGACUUGUUACUACAAUCACGACUACUGGUACCACAACUGGCAUUACUACCCUGCCUGCGACUAGCGGCGGUACUACUACUGUCAUUACCACUGCCACAGGACCUCCCCUGAUUACUGCAACUUUGACGUCAGGAACAGCAACUGGUCUAACCACCUUACCUGUCUCUAGUGGUGAACCAGCCACUACUUGGGCCUAUUCGACAUCAACGCCAGCAGGAGGUCUUACUACAAUCACUAGACAGGGUACCACGACUGGUCUAACUACCCUACCUGCCACCUCAGGCGGCACUACUACAGUUGUUACAUAUACAACCCCUGGUGGUGGCCUUAUCACUGUGACUUCAACUGCGUCAACCACUGGUUUAACAACGCUUCUUGCUACUAGUGGAGGUACAACUACUGUUGUUACAUUUGUGACAACCCCUGAUGGUGGCCUUACUACUGUGACUGCAACUGCAUUAACCACUGGUGUAACAACACUUCCCGCUACCAGUGGAGGCACUACAACUAUUAUCACGUAUAUUACAAUGUCUUCGGUUAGAACUGGCGGCUUGACUACCUUGACUUCAACCGCUUCUACUACUGGUCUGACAACACUUCCCGCCACAAGCGGUGGUACCACUACUGUCAUCACCUAUAUCACCCCCGGAGGUGGCCUUACCACUAGGACCUCUACAGCUUCCACCACUGGUCUGACUACUCUCCCUGAAACUAGUGGAGGCACUACUACAGUUGUGACAUAUGUAACUGUACCUACCGGAGGACUUACAACCCUGACUUCCACUGCAUCGACUACUGGUCUUACAACCCUUCCAGCUACUUCAGGAGGCACGACCACUAUUGUCACGUUUGUAACACCCCCUGGAACAGGCGGUCUUACCACUGAGACUUCUACAGCCUCCACCACUGGUUUAACAACACUCCCUGCUACUAGUGGUGGUAUUACUACGGUUGUGACAUAUGUAACUGUACCUACCGGAGGACUUACAACCCUAACUUCCACUGCAUCGACCACAGGUCUCACAACUCUCCCUGCUACUAGUGGCGGCGUAACCACUGUUAUUACCUAUACGACCUCUUUUGUCCCUCCCACGACUUCUGUCUUUACAACUGGGCCUACCGCUGGAACAAUUACACUAUCGGUGCCUUCUGGAUGUACGACUUGUACCCAGACAGUCGUUAGUACUAGUUCUACAGUUGGACAAAGCAGCAGCGCGCCUCUCAGCAGCAGUAGCAGUGAGCCUUCUAGCAGUACCACUACUUCAUGUUCUGGUCUUUCUCAGACUCAGUCCAUUUCGGCUACCACUACAAGUGGUGCAUCCACUACUUGGAGUGUUCCUUCAUGCGCACAAACUGCCCAUUUUAUUGUCAUUGGUGGCGCUGGUUAUGGUGCUGCUGCCAACCUAACUGGAUCCUUCCCUGUCACUGGUGGUCAACCCCUUCUCGCUGUUGCUGGAGGGCAAGGAUCAGUCACAGGCGCUGCUGGUACUAGUGGUUUCUGGAAUGGUGGAGCUGCCGGUAAAAUUGUGCCUGGAGCUGAUACUAAUGCAGGGGGCGGAGGUGCUGGCUCUGGAAUAUUUCUUGGUGAUGAGUUGGUUGUUGUCGCUGGUGGCGGUGGCGGUUCUGGUUGUGCAUGCUCUGGAUUUUCAGAUGGCACCCAGAAAUUUCAGUAUGCUCGCUCUGGCAUCGGUAAAGCCGGUCUGGACGGCGAGACAUUUGUCGUAACUACAAACAGCCAGCCCUAUUACACCGCCGGAGGUGGGAAAGGAGCUACUCUCAGUGCUGCGGGAGCCGGAGGAUUAUUCUCAGGAGGCAAUGCUAAUACAUAUUCGAAUGGUACUGCUGGAAGCUUCGGACAGGGUGCUGACGGCGUAACGUCAAACCAGGGCGGAAACGCCUGUGCCGCAUGCAAUGGCUCUGGUGGUGGAGGUGGUGGCUAUUAUGGUGGUGGUAGCGGGGCAUACGCCUUUUCUUACCAGGCAGCUAAUAGCUAUCAACUUGUCGCUGGAGGUGGUGGUGGGGGUUCCAGCUUUGCCAGUGGUGAUGUGACUGGGCUGUUAACCUCGUUUGGUGUCGGACGUACACCGGGUUCUAUCUAUGUAUACUUUACAUAA